UAUUUUAAUUUUUCAUAUAUAUAUAUAUAUAUGUAUAUUAAUCAGUCACACCCAGUUAAUCCCAGCCCUUCAAAUUUUCAAGGUUCGUUGAAACUUAUACAUAUAAAAAUACCCAUACAUUCACCACUUGAUCAUAUCAAAACAGCUAGCUUGGAUCCAAAAACUCACAACUCAGCAAAGCCCUUCUAUAUAAAAAUCUCUUGUUCUUCUCCUUCCAUGUUCUCUUCCUCUCUCUAAUUUGCCAAGAGCAAGAAGCAAAACAUGGAAAAAGGCCACCAUUGUUAUAAUUUCCUUCUCUUUUCCAUAUUCCUCAUUCUUUCCUGUUUCACAGGUCAAAUCCAUGCCAGGAAACAAACACAAUCACUUUCUGGCCAUUACAAGUCCAAGCAGAGAGCUGGAAGUUCAGCCAUGGACAUAAGCCUUUUCAAGGCAAUUGGAAAUAUUGAUCAUGAAAGCAAUAUUCAUCCUCAAGAGGGUCUUAAAGAGAAAGAUAGGAUCAUCAGAUUGCCUGGACAACCUCAGGUUGAAUUUUCGCAUUAUGGUGGUUAUGUUACUGUGGACAAAAAUGCAGGAAGAGCACUUUUUUAUUAUUUUGUUGAAGCUCAGCAUUCUAAGGAUGAAUUACCUCUUCUUCUUUGGCUAAAUGGAGGACCUGGUUGUUCAUCUCUUGCAUAUGGAGCUAUGCAAGAGCUGGGACCAUUUCGUGUCUUUAGUGAUGGAAAAACACUUUACAAAAACAGAUAUUCAUGGAAUUAUGCUGCAAACGUUUUGUUUCUUGAGUCUCCUGCUGGGGUAGGAUUUUCAUACUCGAAUAGAACAUCAGAUUAUGACAAAAGUGGAGAUAGAAGAACAGCUGCAGAUAACUAUGUGUUUUUGGUGAAUUGGUUGGAAAGAUUUCCUGAAUACAAAGACAGAGAUUUCUAUAUUUCUGGUGAAAGCUAUGCAGGACAUUAUGUUCCUCAACUUGCUCAUACUAUUCUCUACCAUAAUAAGAAGGCCAACAAGACCAUUAUCAACCUCAAAGGAAUAAUUAUUGGGAAUGCAGUGAUCAAUGAUGAAACAGAUUCAAAAGGUAUGUAUGACUUUCUUGCGUCACACGCUAUCAUUUCAGAUGAUGCUGCAAAUACAAUCCGAAAACACUGCGACUUCUCACCCAAUGCAACCUCUCAAACCGACGAGUGCACUGAAGCCACUGAUCAAGUUGAGAAGGACAUUUACUACAUUGACAUCUACAACAUCUAUGCCCCAAAUUGCGCUUCUACCAAUCUCACUUCUCGCCCCAAAAAAGCUUCUGUAUUGAAGUUUGAUCCUUGCAGUGAUUACUAUGUGUAUGCUUACUUGAAUAGACCAGAAGUUCAAGAAGCUCUUCAUGCCAAUGUGACUAAGCUCACACAUGAUUGGGAACCAUGCAGCGAUGUGAUCAAAGAUUGGACUGAUGGUGCCACAACUAUACUUCCCAUUAUACACGAGCUAAUAGCUAAUGGACUUAGAGUUUGGAUUUUCAGUGGUGAUAUAGACGGAAGGGUACCGGUUACUUCAACCAAGUACUCCAUUCAAAAGUUGAACCUUCCAGUGAAGACCCAAUGGCAUCCUUGGUUACUCAAUGGGGAGGUUGGUGGAUACACAGAAGUAUAUCAAGGGGACUUAACAUUUGCAACGGUAAGGGAAGCAGGGCAUCAAGUGCCAAGCUAUCAGCCUCCUAGAGCCCUUUCACUCAUCAAACACUUCCUUGAUGGCACACCACUUCCUGAUACUUCGCGAUAUGGCUAAUUUCUGUAAUAAGCCUAUCAAUUUAGCAAUAUAACUUUUUUCUUUUUAGAAAAUUUUAUAGUAUCUCAAUGCUUAGUUGGUUUGUGUUUUUAUAAUGCUAAUUAUUUUACAGUUGAUUUCUUUUCAAUUUCAUUGAUUAAUAAAAAAAUCCACAGUAAUUACCUCAAA